ACACUGAUGCCACUUACUCUCACUCUCACUCUCUCUCUCUCUCUCUCUCUGCUGGUGGAUUUGUUUAAUUUCGCCACACAAUAGCAGUAGAGUACAUUAAUCUAAGUAGAGAAGUGUUGUGGUGGGCGUAGUAGGCGCCUUCCCCUCUCACCCACAAAAACCUUUCCCUGCAGUCCAUUAAGAGCAAUACGUGUGGAAGCUAAACACCAAAACGUUUGGACACAUUCCUGGCCGUGUUGUAUAUAACCAGCUUCAGUCUCCAUCCGGGCAGAAAGUAGAAAGCUUCCCACUGGCCAUACGUGUGUAACUUCUGCUCCUUGCCCUUCACCGUGCAUUGGAAGCAUAAUACCUGAGUGUGUUUGCAUACAUAGAAAUAUAUUAAAAAAAAAAAAAAAAUCACGAAAUACUGAGAGAGAACAAGUCGACACAUUGAUAAGAUGAUUUGAGAGGUGUGCUGGUGACUACUAUAACAAAGCUGUUGUCAUGUUGUCUGAAGACUAUUAAGCAACAGAGCACUGCCUGAAUUACGGGCCACAAGGAAACACAAUGGGAGACACUGGGAACGAUAUGGUACUCUCCAUAGCAGCCCUGGGCCGUCCUUUCCGCUUGGGGAUGCUAUAUGACAGCAGGACUGAGACACUGGUCCCCGGCAUAACGCUGUGGGAUGAGGCCACGCUUCAGAACAGAACAGAGCAGCAGCAGCAGACCAGUGAGUUUCACGUGAGGUGCUCAGACUCCCUGGAAGAGAAGGCCUCCGCUCUGGAUGUAGCUGCUUCGCUCAAGCUCAGUAUUCUUGGUGGGUUGUUGGAAGCAGAAGGAGCCGCCAAGUACCUGGACAACAGAAAGACUUCCGAUCACCAGGAACGCGUCACCUUGCAGUACAAGUGCACCACAAGGGUAGAGACCAUGACCAUGGACCAGCUGGGCCAAGGCAAGAUUGAGCACCCAGAGGUUUUCGAUCAUGGCUCAGCCACACACGUCGUCACCAGCAUCGUCUACGGAGCACAAGCAUUUUUCGUAUUUGACAGAACACUCUCGGCUUCAGAAACUGAAAACAAGAUACAGGGAAACGUUCAUGCUGUAUUCAAGAAAAUUCCCAUGUUUAAAAUGGAUGGGAAAGGAAAGUUAGACAUGACAGAAGAUGAACAGAAAAAAAUUGAAAAUUUUCACUGCACAUUCAUUGGUGACUUUCUGUUGGAUGAAAACCCUUCCACUUUCAUGGACGCAGUCAGGCUUUACCAAACACUUCCAAAGCUACUUGGGGCGAAUGGAAAGAUGGCAGGUCCUCUUAAAGUCAAACUCUACCCACUGUCUAAGAUUGACAGGAAAGCCUCCAGAUUGGUUCGUGAUAUUAGCAUCAGCCUCGUCAAAGCAGUGGAAGUUUUCUUUGAGGAUCUGCAUGGCUUAAGUGUUAAAUGCAAGGAUAUUCUGAAUUCUGAUAAAAUAAAACGUUUCCUUGCCUUCCAGCAGCAAAUGAGAGACUUCCUAAAUCUAGUAGAGAAAUACAGAGGCAUAAUACAGAAAGAAGUGGGUGAUGUCUUGCCUCAGAUCCGAGGCGGCGGGAAGGAAGAGAGGUGUCUCCUGGAACUCUUCAAUAAGAUACGUCAGUCACCAAUGAGUGUUCUUGCUCUUCGCUCCUGGCUCGAAGCAAAGGACACUCAGAUCACCGUCUUCAACGAGUAUGUACAGGCUAUGUCUGACAUCAAGUUUGUCACAGAGCCAGAAUUGAUGGCUUCUGUUAUGAGAUUUGACAAUACAUAUUCCUUAUGCUUAACUAUUUCCAUGCCAUCAAAUGAUUCUCAACUAGAAAGAAUGAACCAAUAUUGUGAUGGAGGUCAUUUCUCAAACACAAAUGGGAGACUUCACCACACAGACAGCGUGCCCAUGACAGGCAUAACAGGUGUUCUGGAGACCACAGCACAGCAAACAAACAGCACGCCCAUAAUGGUGGUAGCUAGUGGGUUUAGGGAUUUUUUCAAUGCCAAUAAGACCAGAAAAGGAAUCUCCUUUUUGAUAACACAAGAAUUUACAGAAUGCAAUACAUUCCACGCUCGUGUUAGAUUCUACAAACAUGGCAGACAGAUUAGUGACGAUUAUAAGCUGCCAUCAGCACCAGAAAAGGUGAAGGUGUUAAUCGGAGACACCAAGCAUGACAGCGUCACAGUCAGCUGGAGCCCACCUGAGCACGGUGCUUCUACCAUCACCUCCUAUGUGGUCAGCUGCUGCAAGGACUCCGUACAACAUGCCACCUUAAGGGUCACAGAUCUAAACAAGAACCAGGCCACCAUUACAGGUCUGGCUGCCAACAGAGAGUACGAGGUGCGAGUGUGCGGCGAGUGUGAGGCAGGUGACGGUCCCUUUGGAGAUGACACGGUAAUGGUGAAGACCAAACCUGCCAGUCCACCACAGAUGCUGCAGGCCAUGAAGGAAUCACCAAAGAGAGCGUUCCUCACAUGGCAGCCCCCGGCAUGUGUGGGCGAGGGGUGUAGUGUCCUGCAGUAUAUCAUCAAGCAAGAAACUGACCCUGGUCACUGGGAAGAAAUACGAUGCAUUUCCUCAAGUAAUCUGUCAUGCAAAGUGGAGACCACAAAAACUCAUCCCAGCUUCAAGGUGGCGGCAUGCUGUGGCUCAGCAGGCGUCACCUGUGACAGUGAAGCCUCCACCAUUGAUCUUACCAAGGAGAACACUAGUGAAAGCCUUAAACAAUACGUCUGUGCCAACUCAACCUUAAUUCCAGGUGACAUUCGUAUCUACAAGCCAAAGCUAAAAAAGAUCUACAGCGAUCCAAAGAAUAACCUUGAAAAAUACGAGUUUGGAAAGUGUAAAUUCGAUGUUCCGGAGAAAGUGAUCAUGCUGGUAGGAGCGACAGGGUCUGGCAAGACAACGCUCAUCAAUGGCAUGAUCAACUUUAUCUUCGGAGUUCAGUGGAAGGAUACAUUUCGCUUCAAGAUGAUCACAGAGCCCAAUGCACAUAGACAGUCCAAGAGUCAGACCACCAAGAUCACUUCGUACACUCUUCAUUACAUGAACGGCUUCAAAAUCCCUUACACCCUCACCAUUGUUGACACUCCAGGCUUCGGCGACACGAGUGGCAUUGAGAGGGACAGACAGAUCACUGAGACUGUUAGGAAGUUUUUCCAGACUCCUGGUACGAAUGGUAUCAGUCAUAUUGACGCUAUUUGUCUUGUGGUCAAUUCCUCACUGGCCAGACUUACAGGACCGCAGAAGUAUAUCUUUGACCAAAUUCUGUCAGUAUUUGCCCGCGACAUUGCCAGCAACAUCUUUCUUCUCCUCACCUUUGCUGAUGGCAAUGAUCCACAGGCCUUAAGUGCAAUCACAGAGGAUAAAAUACCACAUCAAGCCCAUUUCAAGUUUAACAACUCUGCAUUAUAUACAUUCCAAAAUGAGGAACGUAAAGGUGAAGACCAUGACAGUGACGAUGAAGGAUUCACUGAAAUGUUCUGGAAAAUGGGAGUCAAAAGCUUUGUCAAGUUCCUAAACCAACUCAAGACUGUGAAGAGCAAAAGUCUCACUUUAACUCAAGAAGUUCUGAACGAGAGAAGCUCUCUUCAGACCUACAUUGAAGGCAUACAGGUAGAUAUCAAGAAUGGACUCAGCACUCUGGAUAGGCUCAAGAGAGAAUUGUCGAUCUUAGAAGACCACAAGGCAGAUAUCGCAAGGAACAAAGACUUUGAGUAUGAAGUUAAUGAAGAAGUGCAGGUGCAGAUCCCUACUCCUGUAGGUCAUUAUGUAACAAACUGCCUCCACUGUAACCGGACGUGUCAUGCAGACUGUGCUUACGCUGAUGACAGAGAUAAAAGGAAGUGUGUGGCCAUGAACUGGAUUGGCAACUGCAGGAUUUGUCCGCAUGAAUGUUACUGGGAUCUGCACAGAAACAUGAAAUACAGGUAUGAAACACAGCAGAGAAAGGUAAAGAAGACAUACAGUGAACUUCAUGAAAAAUAUGAAAAAGCAACGGAGGGAAAAUUGUCAGCUGAAAAACUGGUUGAGGAAAUUAAUGGAGAGUUUGACGCUUUACAGAUAAAAGUUGUAUGGAUGGCAGACUGUGUCAGAAAGUCAAUCGAGAGGCUUAAAGAAAUUGCUCUCAGACCAAGUCCAAUGUCCACGGUAGAAUAUGUGGACAUCCUCAUUGAGUCUGAAAAGAGUGAGGCCCGGCAGGGAUGGCAGGCCAGAGUGAACCAGCUCUAUAGAGUCAGGGAUGAGGCGGAACAAAUGCAAAAAAUAGCAAACGAUGGCUUUGAUCCGUUUGGUCAGUAUAUUGAAAACCUUCCAGUGAGAAAAGUUAGUGCAUUCAGUAGAAUGUAUAAUAAAGGCGUCAACUACAUCAUGAAGAAAUAUAAUGCUUAUUUAUCUGGAAAAAGUUAAGCUCCUUUGCUCUUAUAAUAAUUUCAUAUGUAGAAAGCAUGUGAAGAAAGCAGAAAACACACACACACACACACACACAGAUCACGCAGGGACGCCACAGAACGCCUGGCUUCUGAUCCUUCUUUCAUUGCCUCAAAAGCUCAGUUCCUCCAUCCAUCAACUCGACACAACCCACCAGACAACUAUUCCCUUUUCUUCAAUGACGCUCAACUGUCUCCCUCUUCCACACUAAAUAUCCUCGGUCUGUCCUUUACUCAUAAUCUUAACUGAAAACCUCACAUCUUGUCUCUUCCUACAACAGUCUCUAUGAAGUUUGGCGUUCUGAGACGUCUUCGACAGUUAUUUUGGCCCUCCCUCUGCUAACUCUGUACAGGGGCCUUAUCCGCCCCUGUAUGAAGUACUUUUCGCAUUUCUAAGGGAUGGGGGCGUUUCCACUCAGUUUUAUAAGAUAGUGUGGAAUCAAAAGCUUUUCGUCUCAUCAACUCCCUCAGCUGACUGACUGAUGUCUUCAGCCUCUUUUUCAGUACCGAUAUGUUCCAUCUUUUUCUAUCUUUUAUCUCUAUUUUCAUGCUUACUG